AAUCAAUCGACAAUAAUGUUAAUGGGUAUCAGUGAGCCGUAAAAGUAAUUUAAGUAGUACGCUGUAGGACUGAAGAAAGGACGUGAUUCCUGAAAAUGGAAAAAAGAAGUCAAAUGAAUGGGAAAAGGGUUAAGAAAAAUCUUAUGGAACUGUAUGUUCCUCCGCACAGAAGACAUGAAAAAGUGGAAAAUUUAUGUACCUCAUCCUCAGUACUUAAUAGAAUGGAAGAAGCAACUUCUGGUAACGUUGAGCAUAAGGUUGCAAAACUGGCUAAUAUUUUUUUACAAGUGCAGUUUCAAAAGCUAUUGCCCUCCAUUUACAAAAAAGAGUUUGACGAAGAACUAUCCCCAGAUUUGAUGAAAACGUUGCAAUUCACAGUGAAACUAAAUCAAGUUUUGCCUGAAAACAAAAUUAAAAAUGACCUCGAUUUGCCAUCUAGUGUAGUGCAGAAACUAGAUUAUGAAAAACUAGGAAAAGAGUUCUGGAUAACUAUAUACAGUUGCGAAUCAGUUGCUGAGCUCUGGGGCAUUAUUUUGGAUACAGGCCAUUUUGAAGAAGUUGAGAAAUUGGCGGAAAGUAUGAAGGAAUACUUUGCAGUUGGUGAUUUCAUUUUUGAAGAGAUUGUUGUGGGUGGUGUCUAUGCUCUGUUUGAUGGUUCCUGGCAUAGAGUCAGAUGCCUAAAAGUUGGUAAAUAUCACGCAACAGUGUUUUUCAUCGAUCGUGGUGAUACAGAUGCAUUUCCAAAAAAAAAACUGCGCAAGCUACCACACGAAUUUUGUAAUCUACCUGCUCAAGCAAUCAAAUUAUCAUUGGAAAGUUUAGAAAUAUUUGAAGAUUUAAAAGACGUUAAAAAAAUUUUGGAAAGUUGUUUGCUCGACAAACCUGCAUAUGUAAAAGUUAACAGGUAUUAUCAAGAUACUUUAUACUGUUCAUUGUAUCUACAAAAUGAAGACGAUGAAAUUAACUUGAAUAGUUUUUUAAUGGAAGAAAUAAUAGGAAAACUUUUACACCCCAUAGAUUUUAUUGAGCUGAAUGAAGUGAUUCCAUGUAAAGUAGCAUAUGUUUCAAAGAAGGCAGUUGACACGAUAAAUCACGAAAAUUACAAAACGCAUACUGUUGUUAAAUUAAGUGGUCUCCAAGUGUAUUUUGUUCAACAUAAAGAGGCAUGGUAUCGAGCUCGCGUCAUUAGGUUCGUUGAUGAGAAUCAAGUGGAUGUUGAUUUAAUCGAUGUUGGAUGUCGAAUCACCGUAAAUUGUGACGAUUUUAUUUUACUCGAAAAAAUUUGUGAAGUUUUAGCAAUGUAUCCACCUCAAGCUAUAAAAGUUGAUCUUGAUGGUUUGGAAGGCCAGAUUCUCGAAAAACAAGUUGUCUCUGUACAAUUGUUUCAAAAAGAAAACGACUCGUUGUUAUCAAUAAAUGAUCAGAUCAGACAUAAUGAUGAACAAAAAGCUUCACAGACAUUACAUCAGAAUAUACCCAAAAAUGAAUUAAGUAAAUCAAAAAGUGCUAAUAAUAAUCAAGAUGUAAAUAAAGAUUAUGUAUUCGAGGAAAUGAGAAAAGUACUUACAAAAAUUGAUCUGCAAGGUACCGCAAUUGAGAGUUACCAUCAAAUAUCUACGCUUUCUAUUAAAAAAGUGCUGAAUAUGCCUAAAAUACCGGACACAACUUUUUUUGACUCUCAUGUAGUCUUGUCUUACGAUCCUUCUCAUUUUGUUAUUCAUAUGUUAUCUUACAGAAAUGGAGAGUUUAAAGAUAUGGUCAACAAAAUGGCAGAAGUAAUGGAGAUUUACGAGAGUCCAAAACUUACAUAUGAGAUUGUACAAGUCGGACAAAUGUAUGCUAUAAAAGGCGAUUCUGAUGAACAGUGGUAUCGUGUAUUCCUGUUGAAAAAAUGUGACAAAAACUCAGUAUUUGUCUAUUACUGUGAUUAUGGCGAGUACAAGGCAGUUUGUAUAAACAAACUCAAAGUUUUACACAACCGUUUUUACACGGUUCCAUACCAAGCAGUAUGGUGCGAGUUAUAUGGUAAACAUUUUUUCAGAAUGACCUACUUUGUUCCUGAUACAUGA